AUGAAUCCAGCCGCGAUAGCUACCCCUUUAGAAGAUGUUCAGGGUGACGGAAGAUGGAUGAGUAUGCACAAUUUAUUUCUCAAUGAAGCUAAAGAAAGGGAGCCUGAAGUGAUAUUUAUUGGUGAUUCCCUGAUCUCCAAUCUAGCUCAAACACAGCAUUGGCAACAGAUGUUUGAGCCGUUACAUUGUAUUAAUUUUGGUAUUGGAGGAGAUCAGACUCAACAUGUUUUAUGGAGAAUACAAAAUGGAGAAUUAGAAGAUGUAAAACCUAAGGUGAUAGUAUUACUAGUUGGUACCAAUAAUCAUGAUCAUACAUCAGAACAAAUAGUGGGUGGUAUUAUAGAAAUAAUUAACGUUAUUCAAACUAAACAACCACAGGCUCAACUUAUUGUCUUGGGAAUUCCUCCGAGAGGGGAAAAACCCAACCCACUUAGAGAGAAAAUAGAGAGAAUAAACAAAGGUUUGGCUGAACAGUUGUCUGAGAUGCCGAAUACAUCCUUCCUCAACAUAGAACCACAGAAUUUCAUCAAUUCUAACGGCAUUAUCAACCAUCAUGACAUGUUUGAUUUUCUCCAUCUUACUCAUAUUGGCUACCAGAAAAUUUGUGAUCCAUUAUUAGAAGAAUUACAGAAUUAUUUACAAACUUUUAUUAAGGUUGAAAGUACAUCAGUUGAAACUGCCUCCAUCGCAGGAGAGCUGGCUGCAGAUAAGUAA